UUAUCAAAAUUAAAUUAGAAUCAAAUGAAGGUUCAAAUCACACCUGAACCUACGUUAUCACCUAUUAGAUAAUAAUUAGAUAAUCUUAUCAGUCUACAGUCAAGGAGCAGAAUUAUUUCAAACGACUUAGUCGCCUCGAAAAAGCAAAAAUGGGUUUUGUGAUCGAACUUGGUAUUAUUUCCCUAUCCUUACUAUUUAUAGCCACAUUCAUAAUUAAAAACAGAAACCCCCCCGCUAUUUUGGGCAUAUACCAGCGACCGAACGGCUUCUUUUACUUCAAAUUCAUCUUCAUGUUUAUAAUUUUGUCGUUAAAAAAGUUAGGGCACAAAUUUCGGAAACGCAAACAAAUGGAGGAAAUAACCGCACUUGACAGGCCCCAAAAAUUAUCAGCGCAUCCAAAGGCUAUUGACGCUGUGUACUUCAACGGGGCCAACAAACACGGCGAUUAUUUAGUCGUUGGGACAGCCCGUCGGAAAAACAAACUAGUCGAUGGGUUCCUCUACCUGUUGGUAGAAAGUUCGGGGUUUGGUUUAUUGGAGACUCCGAAAUUGCCCGGAACUGCUCUUUACCAAAGCGAGGAGAGCGAGGAGUUUGCAGCUGAGGGGCUCAGAAUAGAGCCCCAGGUGCCGAUGGGCAAGUGGAGGAUUUCGUACGAAGGCAAAAUGAAACGGUUCCAAAACCGGAAGGAGUUUGUUGAUGUGAAAAUCGAAGCUGAGUGGAGUUCCACUUUGCCGUAUUUUAACUUUGAUAGUGAUAUGGAUCCCUGGGCGAUGGCCACGUCCAUGGCUUACGAGACGUUCAGUCGGGAGUAUUUCCAAAAUUUGAAGGCGAACCACCAAACUCAUUACGAGCAACACGGUGAUAUUAAAGGCGUCGCGAUUAUAAACGGGCGUUCCUUCAACAUUGAAAUUAACGCCGUGAGAGACCACAGCUUCGGCUUGCAAAGAGAAUGGAGGAACUUUCAUCGGUAUGGUCUACACUUUGUCACUGCGGAAAACGGCGAUAGGUUCAAUGUUGGGAAGAUUUGUUUGCCGAUCUCCUUUUCAAGAUUAACAAUUGGAUACGUCUAUUCAGCCGAGGACGGGAAAAUACACCCGGUACGGUCCUGCGACUUGGAACUGCACCAGCACGGUGAAGGCGGGGAUCCACCGGAGGAUUAUGCGUUCAGUUUUGAAACAGGAAAAAAACGAUAUGUGAUGCAAGUCAACGUUGUGCACUCUCCGCAUUUUUAUAUUAGUAAAGACUGGGAAAGUAAAGUUGUGGAAAGGUUGUGCACUUUUGAAAUUAAUGGGAUGAAAGGGUGGGGUGCUGCGGAAUGGCAGUAUAGAAACGUUCGUGAGAAAAAAUGUAAAUGCAGUGAAACAGAGGUGAAAAUUGAUUGUUAAUAUGAAUAAAAAUAAAACACAAUGUUCCUUCUU